AGAUCGAUCCGUUAAGCUCAGACUCCGUUAUCCUCGAUUUGAAUUUUUUACCUCAUCCCGCUAAAAGAAAAAUGAAGAGUUUUCUGUUGUUGGUCUGCAUGGCGGCGCUGUCGAUGGCAGAUGUAAAGCAUCUGACGGACCGCAAUCUGGAUCUGUUUAAGUACGAUCCCAGCGAUAUCUAUACCCUGCCCGAGGAUAUUGACGAUGACAAGCCAGCGGUUCACUUCAGCGGUGAUGUGAUGAAGGCCAAGACUGAGAAGCUUCAGAACUACAAUUCCGGCAAGAAGUUCAAGUUGGAACUAAAGACCCAAAACGGCAUUGAGGUGAGUAGCGUGGGAAAACUGAAGGACGACAAGACUUUUGUGGUCAGUGGAUCGUACUCCUUCACUGGCGCCGAUGGCAAGCGCUACAGAACGCGCUACACGGCCGAUGAGUUCGGCUACCAUCCCAUCACCGAACUGGAUCUGGACAUUCCCGAGCCCCAGCCCUUGGCCCCAGCUGGCCAGAGGCCCGCUGUGGAUGCCAGCAGCCUGUUGGGUAACAAGAACCGCUUCCAGUUCCUUCAGCAGAGCCUCAAUCCAGAGCAGGCUGGUCCACUGCGCGGCAGCGGCCAGAGCGGCGACGACUACAGCUACACGCCCCAGAAGGAUGGGUCUAGUGGCCAGCUCUUCGGCUCAACCUACGGCGGUGGCCAGCAGACGCAAUCGAGCGACUACUACGGCAAUGCUAAUGGAGCUUUCGGACAUGGAUUUGGAAAUGGGAAUGGCAACGGCCAGGAGUUUGGCAACGUAAAUGAGUAUGGCAACGGGUAUGAUUACCAGGCACCCAAAGUGCAGCUGGCCACACCAUCGCGCCAGUACCUGCCCGUGGCAUAGGGAUCCAUACGAAUCCCCAGUACAUGAACUUCCCAAUCCUUAAUCCCCUUUCCCGCUCCCCUGCUCCCAUGCUCAUUAGCUAACAGCUGCAAGUAUUUAGGCUUAAGUGCAACUCCAACGGGAACCACACAUCCAACAACAACCAGAGUAAAAAGAUGGUGCAUUUUUUUUAAUCAUUUUUUAGUGUUAAAUUAUAUGCACAAUAUUGUAUGCUACUAUAC